UAUUUUUAUCAGUUUGGAGAAAUUAGGUCCAUAACUAUGUUGGCAAGACAACAAUGUGCUUUUAUACAGUUUACUACAAGAACUGCUGCUGAAUUAGCUGCUGAAAAAGCAUUUAAUAAACUUAUUUUAUGUGGUAGGAGAUUGACAAUUAAAUGGGGUAGGUCUCAAGCAAAAUCUUCUGUACCCACUACUAAAGAAGGAGAAGGGAAGAAAUUGGAACCAGUUCCAGGACUUCCAGGAGCUUUACCUCCACCACCUGAUGAAUUAACAAACAAUUAUUUCAAUCUUGCACCAACUGCACAAAAUUUACCACCGCCACCUAUUCCGCAUCCAGCAAUGAUGCCCCAUCCUCCUCCAAUGGAUAUAAUAAUCAGAAGUGCUGCUAGCUGUUUGAACGCUCGUGUGCAAUAUCGAUUAUGCCGCCCUGUUUAACUACGACUACCUAAG